UAUUAGUUGCAUCGAAAAGUCGAGCACAGUUGAACAAGAAGUUUAGUUCGCAGACGAAACGCGCAAGCGUUCUUCCAUUAGUUAUUGGGUGCAUUUGGUUAAAUCCUGAACGUGGAUUGCAUCGAAGUCGGGCACAAUGCGGCCGCUUCUGCUGGAGGCUUCAGCCGUCCCGACCCUACUCAUAUUGGCUUUGCUGAGUACAUUGUGUGAAGCGAGCGACACUGGAGGCUGUGUACCCUGCACCUGUGUGUCAAACGAAACGCACAAAACCGUCACCGCCUGUAUGGACAUUGCCACCAUAGAUUUACGGGGGAAAGGUGUGACUGACAUCAUGAGUAUUGCCUUUUCCAUGUCACCAACAACAACAGCAAUACUUUUGACUGGAAUUCCAAUAAAAAGCCUGCCUGAUGGGAUAUUUGAUGGCGUACAAGCAUUACAGAAACUACACAUCGCUCACAUCAUGCUAACACAUUUGUCAGCAGAUAUCUUUAGAAACAACACUGGCUUGAGAGAAAUAGAUGUGAGUAACAAUCAACUUGCAAGCCUACCUGCUGGGAUAUUUGGUGACCUGACGUUUUUAGAGAAAGUAGUUUUGACUGGAAAUAAAAUUCAAAGCCUGCCUGAUGGGAUAUUUGAUGGCGUACGAGUAUUACAGAUACUAUACAUCUCUAACAACAAGCUAACAAAAUUGUCAGCAGAUAUCUUUAGAAACAACACUGCCUGGAAAGAAAUAAAUUUGUCUGGAAAUCAAAUUAACAGCCUGCCUGAUGGGAUAUUUGAUGGCAUACGAGGAUUACAAAAACUAUACAUCGCUGCCAACAUGCUAACACAUUUGCCAGCAGGCAUCUUUAGAAGCAACACUGACUUGAAAGAAAUAAAUUUGUCUGGAAAUCAAAUUAAAAGCCUGCCUGAUGGGAUAUUUGAUGGCGUACCAGGAUUACAAAAACUAUACAUCACUCACAACAAGCUUACACAUUUGUCAGCAGAUAUCUUUAGGAGCAACACUGACUUGAAAGAAAUAAUUUUGCCUGGAAAUCAAAUUGAAAGCCUGCCUGAUGGGAUAUUUGAUGGCGUACGAGGAUUACAGAAACUACACAUCUAUGACAACAAGCUGACAAAUUUGUCAGCAGGUAUCUUUAGAAGCAACACUGACUUGAAAGAAAUAAGCAUACAUGGCAAUUCCAGGCUAAUAGUAUUGCCACCAGAUAUCUUUCAAAACAACACUAACUUGGAGCUUUUGGAUUGGUCCAACAAUAUCAUGAAAACACUGCCAAUGGGUUUUUUCAGUACUUGGUCAUUCCAAUUGUCUGUACUCUUAAUAAAAAACACAAAUUUGGCAACACUAAACGCCGAUGUAUUCCAGGACUGUACUAAUCUUAAGACUUUGGGUCUUGAUGGCAACAAGCUGACACACCUUCCCCCUCGUCUAUUUCAACACCACAAGAAGCUGAUGAUUGUCGGAUUAAGCGGCAACCCACUGGACACCUUACCAGAAGCUCUUUUUGGGACUGAAAUAAAUUCAUUGACGCAGUUGUACAUUCAAGGAGACACAUUCACCAAAGAUCAUCGACUCUGUAGAGCAAGGCUGCCCUUGAACUAUGCGAACAAAACCAUUGGAAAUGAUCCUAUGAAGAAUUACGUAAAUGCUCUGACGGACAAGUUUUGUUUAAGUAGCUGUAACACUAUACCUGAAAUGGAGACAACUUGCCCCAAACACUACACAUGUGUUGGUUUGGUGUUUAAUUAUACAUGUGAACCGCUACCGAGAGUAUAUGUAUCAGCGGCAAAUGAGACUACGGUGCAUCGAGCGGAUACUCCACUAACACUAAUAUUUUGGGCAACUCACGACCCCAGACCAAAGGUCAAGCUCGAAUUUGAAGGUGCCACAAUUUGGGAGCAAACCAAUGAAACCAUUCCUGAUGGAGUUAUCGAUAAUGUCACAAUCACUGAAUAUCCGAUAACGACACGAAAUGCCAGUGGUGUGUAUACACUAACUGCAUCCAGUGCAAUUGGAACUGUCGUGCUCAAACAUAGAUUAAUCAUAGUUUCUGCACCAAUCAUCUCCAGCCCAUCUGAUGGCUCUAAAAUUCACGUCCGAGAGUUCAGUGCGCCAAUGAUAACGUGCAAUUCCAGCGGUAAUCCACACCCCGGAAUGGUUUGGCUGGGUCCUUCCAUGUUCGAGUACAUCCGGAGUCUUUCCGGCAAUGUUGUAAAGAAUGCCCUGGUCUUCCACUCCAUAUCCUAUACUUUUCCAAGCAUUACUCGUCUUGAUGCCGGAAAGUAUGUUUGUGAAGCCCCCAACUCUCAGGGGAACAGCAGUGUGACAUUGGAUAUUGUUGUCGAAUAUAUGCAGGAUGAGUGCAAAUGGCCAAACAGCCGUACGCUGGUCUACAGACCUGAUCAGAAUCGAUCCAUUAGCGUGACAUGCCAGUGCAGUGCGGUCCCCUUAGCAACAUACACGCGCACUAUUGAUCGGAUGUAUGGUGCCUUGAAGGGCAGUACAACCACGAAUAUCACAGCCAUCAACUCAACAUUCAUUCUGGAUAUUCUGCCGACAAGUGCUGGCACAUAUGGAUGUAGCGCCUCCAACAAUCCUCUUGCUGCACCAACUGAUGUGUUUAAUUCAACCUUUACUAUCGAUAUCAAAGCUCCGCCACAUAUGACGUUCAGUGACAAUACUGUCAGGUUGGGGAAUGAUAUCACUGUGGAUUGCACAGUAAGAAGUUUUCCUCGGUCAUCAGGAUUAGCAUGGACGUAUGCUAACACCACCAGCGUUGUGAACAAUGGCCAAUUUAAUGUGACUAUCCUUGGCAUGCCUAUGCUUAAUUCCACGACCGGUCUAUAUGAGCAAACCAUUUCCUUGUCCAUUACCAAUGUUCAAUUUUCACAUCGCGCGAAUUACCUCUGCGUUGCGGAAAAUGGUGUUUCUCCAACUGAUCCCGCUCUGGAUUUCCGUGGCAACAGCGAUGUUACAGCAACAGCUACAUUUAGCCUUGACACACAAGGUAUUUCCCACGCUAGUUUCUUUCCUGACGUGCCAAGCCAGAAUGUGUAUCACGUACGUGAAGCAAUGAUCGUCAAAUGCUCAGCCACUGGCUUUCCACAGCUCCAAAUUAAGUGGUUCAGCACCGCUGCGAGCUUCAGCAAUGCCACUCAGACACACAACGGAAUGUCCACUACCACGUACAGUUUCAAUGCCACGAGUGGCGAGGCGGUGGGUGUGUUGCAGAUCGACAGCAUCCAAUACUCAGAUGCUGGUCUCUACUGGUGCCAGCUAGAUAAUGGACUUUUCGACAAGUCCUCCAACUCUGUCAACAUCACCGUCUUGGGGUCCCCAAACAACACAUUCAUCAGUCCGCUGUUGACACUAAAAGAGUUCUCCAAAGGCAUUGUCAGCUGUGAGUUUACUGCCCGUCCCGCACCCUCUCUCACUUGGUAUGACCGGUCUGGAGUGAAAAUUUCAAACUCUCCCAACGCUACAGUUACUGUCAACCGGACUGUGCUGAAUCCGGAAGGUGACUUCACUGUUCGCUCAGUGCUUUCUCUGACCAAUGUACGCCGUGAUGAUAAUACCCAGUACCUGUGUGUAGCAAGCAAUGGACUGGCCAAUACGACUCGCCAGUUGAAUUCCGACCGCUCUAGCGGGGUGAAUUCUUCCUACUCAGCCACGGCGACAGCUACCCUGGACAUCUUAUUUGGUCCUGUUAUCACUAAGGGAUUGUACGAAUGGUAUAAUGUGGACCUAGGCGGGAACAUCACCUUAUCCUGCACAGCCACUGGCAACCCUUUGCCAGCGGUUUACUGGACCAGAUCUGCAUUUUACAAUUUAACCAGUCACUUUCGGGUUAGGAAUGGAAAGUCCCGAGAGAGCUUGGCACACAUUAGUGUCCCAGGACAGGAGUUGAAUGGAUCAAUCGGUUGUACGGUACAAAGCAACCUUAAUCAAGGAGUUACUUUAACCACGACAAUCUACUCGAAAGAUAUUGAUGAAUGUGCAUCCAAUCCCUGUGUGAACGGCAACUGCACUUCAGGAAUUCAGUGGUUCACUUGUUCUUGCGACGUUGGUUGGACGGGUAAUCUGUGUGACACAAAGCCCAAAGAUUAUGAUGAAUGCCUGUCCAAUCCUUGUUUAAACAAUGCAACAUGCCAGGACCAUCCCUUCGCUUUCACGUGUAUAUGUCCGCAAGGUUACAUGGGAUCACGCUGCCAAUCACUGAUAGCUUGCCCGGCUCUGCACAAGCGAGACAGCAGUGGUAUGCUAUGCAUACCAUGCUCAUGCAACGCAUUUGGAACAAGCGCAUGCGAUCCGGACAAAGGCAACUGUCUCUGUAAGGCUAACGUCACUGGGGACAACUGUGAUACCUGUGAAGAUGGCCUGUACGCUGCCGGUGUCAAUGUGGACUCCUGCCUGCAGUGCACAUGUGCUGCCAACACCACGCAGCCUGACAAGACCUGCAACGGAACGACUGGGGCCUGUAAUUGCCUGACGAGCUACGGGGGACGCAGUUGUCAGCAUUGCAGCCCUGGCAACUACAGAAAGGACGGUCACUGCGUGCCUUGUGUAUGUAGUGCGAGUGGCGCCUACGACACCAGCUGUGAUGUGUUAAGCGGCCAAUGCAAUUGCCGUCCGGGAAACACGGGCCAGCAGUGCAUGCAAUGUGAUGACGGUCACUACAGGCUCAGCCCUACCCUUUUACCACCAAAAUGCGUGCCUUACAAGACAAACCAGGAGUGCCAGUUGUGCAACUGUUCGCCGCUCGGGUCCAUAAGCGCAAGCUGCAGUGCAGACUCGGGAGAAUGCCAAUGCCGACCGAACUAUGAGGGUCACAAGUGUGACACAUGCAUCAGUCGUUCCCACUUCUACACGACGAAGAAUGGUUGCCAAGAGCUGGCUUCACAACUCUUUAAAGUCAGCGCUGAAACCUUGGUGAAUGCUACCAGAUUGAACCUGAAUCAUCCGUUUGUAUUCGGCUCAAAGUUUAAGUCCGUCAAGGACGUCACGGUGUCGGUCAACGGCUUUAUGUCACUUAACCGUUUCUCCGGUGGCUACAAUCUCAAUGCGCGUGUCACUGAGCAUGCUGCCAUCAUUGCACCCUACUGGACGGAACAGCGUCAUAGCAACGACUCAUGCCCAAGCGGCACAGUGCAAGUUCACUAUGUCAACAGCACAGAUGUUAAUGGAAAUUUGUCUGCGAUAAUAGCUGCUGUGGAAGCUCAGUUCAAGCCCCAAGCAGUAUUCAGGCCCAGGGAGGCAGUCAUUGCAACCUGGAGGGAUAUCCGUGACCAAAACAACAAGCGCAAUACAUUCCAGGCGGCGCUAAUCAGUGACGAAUGCCAAUCGUACGCUGUUAUGACAUACCCAGACGGCGGUAUAACCUGGGCUGGAUUCCCAUAUCCGGUGGUGGCUGCCGGUCAGCCACUGCCAACAUCCGGUACAGACCACGUAACCCCCAUCAGCGGUGUAUACAACUUGACCAACGGCUGCAAUGCUAAACUGCGUGCAGAAAAGGAGUGCCGUGCGCAAGUUACAAGCGCAAUCUUAAUACCAUUUUCCAAUUUGGUUAAAGGAGAUUGUCCGUCCAGUGUUGAAGUUGCCCGGUCGUUUACUGCCUUCAAGGAAAGAAAUGAAACCUCUAGCCAUGACUGCUUUGUUUCAGGCUUUAUCACUAGAGGAGGAAAUCAACUAGCUUCUCAAUGCUGCUAUUCUAAGGCCGGUGGACAAUUGGUGGUCUACGGUCCCUACCAGCCCUAUCAAUUAAUCUCUCGAGAUGAUGACAUUCUGCGUGCACGUUGCAACACAGCUGGUUUGUUACCCUAUUUCAUGGCGAGACGUAACAUACCGCAGCAUCACGUCACACUGAAGCAAGGUUUCUGCUACGGGGAUCCACAUUUCGUGAGCAUGGCUGGCAACAAGUUUGAUUUUCAUGUGGUGGGAGAGUAUACACUUGCACAUGCGACGGGUAAGGGGUAUUCCAUGACAAUUGUUGCUCGAAUGGAGAUCGUCCCGAUGAAUAAUUCCGCCAACUUCACGUCGAUCACUCGCAUAGCCAUCACAGUGGCUCAAGACAAUAAAACGGACACAUUGGAGGUCUACUCGAAACAAGGACAGAUUGAGGUUGAAGGAAGGUUGACCUCACAGGACAUUGAACGUGGUAAUGACAACUUCCAUCUUCAGCCCAGUACAAACAGCAUUAUUGCCCGCAUUGGAAGCGUCGGGGCAAACAUAUCAGUCCAGAGCCAUCCGAUUCUAGCUGUUGCCUUUCAAAUGCAAAACAAUACAAACUUCACCGGUCUGCUUGAUAUUGACCAUAAUGAUGACAUGGGUGGUGGAUCCACAACCCUCCAGGAGCAAGCAAAGCAAUACCAGGUUACGUCGACCCAGAGUCCAUUUGCCUACUUCACACCGAAUUCAUACGAGCACUUCAACCCGACUAAGCCACCAAACACAGGUACAGUGGAUACAUCAUCAGUUAAUGUCACUGAAUGCAGUCGCGACACCGAUUGUAUUGCCGACUAUCUGGUCACCGGAAACUUAGCCCUGGCUCAGAGCACUCGGGAAUUUAAUCAGGAAUUCAGCCUCGCCAGAAAUAUUUCUUCCCGGACCCCACCAAGCAUCAAAGUAACUCCAGCAGUUCUGCAUGGCACUUACCAACAGACCAGCACCGUUACUAUCACCGUAUCAACAGUGGCUCCUUUGACAAUUACCAAUCUACAAGCUUAUAGCGUGGGCGGAAUUAGCGUAACGAUAGGGCACGCGAGUGCCACUGAAUAUUCGGUGAUAUGGACACCAAGCAAACGGCUGCUUAUGGCCGGUGCCAUGGUAUAUGUAACGGCGCAGGACAGCGGGAAUGCAAGAGCUACACAGACAAUCCCUGUCACCCUCUGCGGCUGCUUUGGCACUUGCCAGCAGCCUCCAGCGGCAACUGAGCUGACAGAUGUGUUCACUCAGCUGGACUGUGCGUCAUGUGAUGCAGGUCGCACAGGUGAGAACUGUGCUGAAGAUCUGGACAGUUGUAUCGGCGAGCCGUGUGCGAAUCCGCUGUACAAGUGCACGGACAUCGCACUGCCAAGUACCGGGUUUAAGUGCUCGUGCCGACCAGGGUUCACGGAGGUCUAUGGUCAGUGCAAUGAGACUGAUGAGUGUAUGCUGGGCACGCAUAACUGUGCUACUGACGGCGGACGCAGCACUUGUAAGAAUACUAAUGGUUCCUAUCUGUGUGAAUGCUCACCUGGGUACAAUGGUCCUCCUACCUGUGCAGGAGAUUAUGAUGAAUGCUCCAUGGAUGCGGAUGAUUGCGAUGAUGGCAACUCUACUUGUACAAACAUAUUGGGAAGUUACAAAUGCUCUUGCCGAACCGGAUAUGAAGGAUCUGGAAGAUUGAGGACUGGAGGCUGUGCAAUAAUAACCUGCAAAGCACCAGUGAUAGCGCAUGGAAAGCGCCAGCAUCACAGCGUUGUGCAGUAUGACGAAGACGUCGUCUACUCUUGCAACACUGGGUACUGGAUCAAUGGUUCUGCAACAUCAACCUGCUCUGCUAACGGCAAGCUGACAGCAAUACCCGAAUGCGUCAUUGUCAAUUGCACCUUACCUAUGAUUGCUAAUGGAACAUGGGAAAAACCCUUGGUCUACUAUCUACAAACCGUAACCUUCCAGUGCGACAAUGGUUUUGGGCUAAUCGGUGAUAAGAAUCACACAUGUUCCCAGCAUGGAAACGUCACAGCAGAGCCGUCUUGUCGAGACAUUGAUGAAUGUAGCAGUGGGGCCCAUCAAUGUGAUGUCCAUGCCGUAUGUAACAACACUGAUGGUUCAUAUCUAUGUUCAUGUGCUACUGGUUAUUUUGGUAAUGGUACUGUAUGCUCACUUGUCAAUUGCACCUUACCUAUGAUUGCUAAUGGAACAUGGGAAAAACCCUUGGUCUACUAUCUACAAAGCGUAACCUUCCAGUGCGACAAUGGCUUUGGGCGAAUCGGUGAUAAGAAUCACACAUGUUCUCAGCAUGGAAACGUCAGAGCAGAGCCGUCUUGUCGAGACAUUGAUGAAUGUAGCAGUGGGGCCCAUCAAUGUGAUGUAAAUUCUUUGUGUGGAAACACUGUUGGUUCAUUUCUUUGUUCAUGUAUUACUGGUUAUUUUGGUAAUGGUACUGUAUGCUCACCUGUCAAUUGCACCUUACCUAUGAUUGCUAAUGGAACAUGGGAAAAACCCCUCGUCUACUAUCUGCAAAGCGUAACCUUCCAGUGCGACAAUGGCUUUGGGCAAAUCGGUGAUAAGAAUCACACAUGUUCUCAGCAUGGAAAUGUCACAGCAGAGCCGUCUUGUCAAGAACUUGAUGAAUGUGCCAGUGGUUCCCAUGAAUGUGAUGUACAUUCUUUGUGUGGAAACACUGUUGGUUCAUAUCUAUGUUCAUGCACUACUGGUUAUACUGGUAAUGGUACUGUCUGCUCACUCAAAGGCAAAUUUUGCUCGCCAUUCUCACUGCCCAACUUAGCAACUUCUCUCUCAUACAACGGAACUGAACGUUUGGGGGAUAACAUUUCCAUAGCGUGUGCUGCAGGCUUCGACGUAGUACAGGGAGCUAACAAGACAAACAUUUACAUUUGUUCUAAUGUCAAUGGCACGGGAAUGUGGCAAGGAGAUGCCAAAUGCUCCCAAUUAGAGGGAGAAGGUGGUACCAGCCAAUCCACCGUAGCGCUUAUUGCCAUUAGUGGUUUGUUGUGUGCUGGAGCGGCUGCAACCCUUGUUCUCUUUAUCUACCGGCGGGGCUUGCAAGCCUCACAUGUAAUCAGCAGAGAGUGUCCACCGCUGCCUGGACCAGUGAAAGGUGGGCAGGAUUACGACCCCAUUCGAAAGACACCCGCACACCCUAUACUCAGCGUGGAAGGAGACACUGAUUAUGAGCAUGAUCACAUCAAAAUGAGGGAAAUGUCUUCCACACGCACGGCUAAGAGGAAUACCAUAACGUCGUUAGUCACCGAACAUGAAGCAGAUAAUUAUUCUCUUUACGCAGAUACUGCAUCACAGAAACAAGGCUUGACUACAUCACCUUGCUCUAGCAGGCUCUCUGUAACCAGUAACACAGCAGGCGCUAUGGGUCACUGCUCCGAAACUGAACCUAGCCUGUACGACUCAGUUAAAGGGGUGAAUACCCGCCUCUCUGAAACCAGUGUCGGGGAAGCUAUCUACGAUGAAACCGGCCUCGGUAAUACUCCCAGCAGAGUUAAUGCCAUCUACGAUGAAACCGGCCUCGGUAAUUCUCCCAGUAAAGUUGAUGCCAUCUACGAUGAAACCGGCCUCGGUAAUACUCCCAGUAGAGUUGAUGCCAUCUACGAUGAAACCGGCCUCGGUAAUACUCCCAGUAAAGGCGAUGCCAUCUAUGAUGAAACAGGCCUUGGUAACACUCCCAGUAAAGUUGAUGCCAUCUAUGAUGAAACAGGCCUGGGUAAUACUCCCAGUAGAAUUGAUGCCAUCUAUGAUGAAACAGGCCUGGGUGAUACUGCCAGUAGAGUUGAUGCUGUGCAUGACAAGACAGGCUUGGUUGAUGCUACCAGUGUAUAUAGUGCUGUGUAUGCCGAAACAAACAAAGCAUCCGGCCUUGGUAAUACUGCAAGUAGAGGCGAUGCUGUGGAUGACAAGACAGACUUGGGUGAUACUACCAGUGUAUGCAGUGCUGUAUAUGCCGAAACGAACAAAGCAUCCGGCCUUGGUAAUACUGCAAGUAGAGACGAUGCUGUGGAUGACAAGACAGACUUGGGUGAUACUACCAGUGUAUGCAGUGCUGUAUAUGCCGAAACGAACAAAGCAUCCGGCCUUGGUAAUACUGCAAGUAGAGGCGAUGCUGUGGAUGACAAGACAGACUUGGGUGAUACUACCAGUGUAUGCAGUGCUGUAUAUGCCGAAACGAACAAAGCAUCCGGCCUUGGUAAUACUGCAAGUAGAGUUCAUGCUGUGGAUGACAAGACAGACUUGGGUGAUACUACCAGCGUAUAUAAUGCUGUAUAUGCCGAAACAAACAAAGGUGCUGAUACUGUUGGAGGUGUCGAUGUGAAUAAGGAAGCAGGCACUUAUACUAAUGGAGAUGAAGCCACCCAUACUGAAACCGAUCCAGGCAAUGAUACCAUGACGAGUGUGUACGCAAACAAUGGCAAAGGCCACACUCGCAGUGGGGAUGACAAUGUGUAUGAUGUAGCAUGUGCACCACAUCAAACAAGCAGAGGUGAUGCUGCCCAGGCCGAACCACAUCCAGGCAAUGAUGUCAUGCCGGGUGAUACUGGGUAUGAGGAAUCAGUCCCAGGCAAUGAUACCAUUCCAUAUUAUGUUGGCCAUGACGCAGCAGGCACGGCUGAUGAUACUUAUGAGGAAACUCCUGUACCAUAUGUCAUCUACGAUGACAAUGCCACGGCGGCGAAAUGUACUGAUGAAGGCGAGGACAUAUAUGCUGUAUUAAGUUAAGCUAAUCAUCGACAUCAGAGCCUCAACACAUAUCAUUGUGACAGUUACUAUUAUUAUGUCUCCUUUAUUCACUUACGCGUCAAUGUCAGCGGUGGUAAACCGCCCACAAACUCGCACAUGCUGAAAGGACCUGGAGUUCCUGGGGCCAAUUAAACACUACUAAUGUUGGAAAUCAUCCCAGGCUAGCCUUCGCUUGGUCUUUUCAUCCCAAUAGAUUGUAGGCAUGAGCAGCCCCAUCCGAUUUUAUAUCUGUUCAGGUUGUCUUCCUUUCUUCUUGCCAUUCUUUAUUUUCACUCUACAAAUUCUCUCUGAUGUUGCCUCCCUAAUCAUCUACACUACCAGACUUUCUGAAUUACCAUGGUUACUUGUGAGACCUUCCCCUCAGGGCCUGCUGGUUCGCACUUGAGUAAUUAUUAUAGAAAAUUGACAGGUUCUACAGUCAUACAGCAAGAAAAUUCGUUUCAGGAGAUGUGCACCAUGCGUUGCCAGCUGUGCUCCGCUCCAUACGUGAAAUAAACACUGUUUCUGUGAUUGUGGAUUUAUUUGAAGUGAAGCUGCACACCCAAAGUCUUCGAUUCAUUUGAUAUUAAUAAUCUUUAUUUCAUUAUAAGAUCUGCUGCUGCCGUCGGCUACUCAUUAGUUUGAGAUACAUUUUCAAGCACGAAUUCAUCCAUUCCGCUUAUAUCUUUUAAAAGAUCUUUUAAACUAGAUCUUUUGCUGCUUUCAACUAUCCUUUAAUUUGGGGAACAUUGCAAACACACAUUCUUCGCUUCCCUUCGAUUUGCAGAUUCCUUGCUCCACGUCAUCAAUCUGAGUGCUUUCCUCAC